UUUCAGGCCUACGGCUUCUGCAAACUUGAGCGCUGUUUCGCGUGCGUGCUCGUCCGUUACCCAUUCAGCUUAGCCAUGUCUCACCGUGGCACAGCUUCCCCUUUUCUCCUCCCUUUCUCUCGGGUUCUCUUGCUUUUGAUGCUCCAGUUUCAACGACACACCUUCAACUGAGGAGCACGAGAAGCGCACACAUGGCGCUCGGCACUAUACUUCCCUUUUGGCCGGCGCUGCUGUUCACGUAUCUGGAGCCACUAGCAUUAAUCAUGGGCUGGAAUGCCGCUUGGAACUCGCCGUCGGAGUUCGUGUCUCGUCAAACGCCAUCGCCCUCCCUCUCAACGACCGUCCCAGAUGGUGCGCUCAUCCUCUCUUACACGAUUGGCAACGUCUUCAUCCUGCUUGGAGCUCUAGCGAUCGUCUGCACGGCCAUAACCCGCGACCCACGUGUGGCAAAGAGCUAUCUCCUAGUGGUUUCCAUCGCCGACCUCGGGCACAUUUACGCUAGCUACAAAAUCUUGGGCCCUAGCGUAUUCUGGAAAUUCAACGAUUACAACGACAUGAUGUGGGGUAAUAUCGGUGUCAGCGCGUUCCUUCAUAUCAACAGAAUUGCCACUCUUCUAGGCGUCUUCGGACAACUGGACGAGCAGCAUAGGGGAGUUUGAGAUUGAUCAACGGUUGACGCUCGACCGAAGCUUGGCUUACCCUCCUGCGAGUUGCGGUCCUGCAUGGAUGCACGAAGACAACCGUUCUGCCGUAGAACCAACAAACAACAUGAGCAUUUCCCGUUCCUUUGCAUCUCUCUCCGACGAACAAAAAAAUAUAUUCGAGUGGUUCGUAACUCAAACUAAAAAACAUACAACACCACGCUAUUCGCACCUGGUCACCCACGGUACUACUCAACGGGCGCUACACGGCUUGUGUAUGGUCGAUCGGACGAGAGGCCCAAUUCUCCGUG